AUGGCGUGGUUAGUUAUCCUACUUCUCUGCAUUGGGAGUUCCUGUUCCCGGUUUUUGGAUGUCGCCAAUAGAAGUAACUCAGACUUAGAGGAAAGAUUGUUAAGUCUCCUUCAAAGGCUGCAAGUGGAGGAAUUCUAUGAUACACUGCUUAUCUAUGGAAAGGAUUGCAUAUUCCACCCACUAUCCAGACGCUUGGAUGUAUCCACAGUGCUUGUGUCUUCGGGUAGCACCGAACUCGAUUGGAACUUCGGCAGUCUAACCCUGAUUCUUAGCUGUAGUCCUGAAUUAGAGAAAAUGGUAACCAACCGAACUCUGGUUAAGCUGCAAACAAACAGGCGCUUAGUUUACCUACGACGCAAUGAUCACCCGGAUUCUGUAUGCGAUAUAUAUAGGCAGAGGGAGCAAUACAAUAUUGCCAUGGUCAAGGACGACUUCGGUACCUCAAACGCUAUCUACGCUUGUCGUCACUUUGAAGAUCCUAUCUUUGCAGAAGUUGAUUUAUCAGAUAAUACGCCCAUUUAUAUAGAACAGUUUGAAAAUAUGCUCGGAAAACCUAUCAAAACGGUAGCAGAUCUGUUGUCCCCACGUUCUAUGCUUCUUCCGGAUGAACAAAACGGUGAUAAAAGGAUAACAGGCUAUGUAGCUAAUUUAGUAAACACUUUCGCUCAGAAAGUAAAUGCAACGCUUAAAGUGGACGUUUUGAACACCAAAUCCAUCGUUAGGGAAAUAUUAAGGAGGGUGCAAGACGGAGAGCUUGACAUUGGCACCACCUUGGAAACCUCUUUACGUACAACUCUCUUCGAAACAGCCAGUUAUCCUUACAUUCUCACAUCGUACUGUUUAAUGGUUCAAGAGCCAGCCAAGUUGCCUUACAAUUUGGUUUAUGCUGUGAUCGUGGAUCGCUAUAUUCUCGGAAUUAUCUUCAUUGUGCUAUGCAUACUUUCCAUGCUGCUAAUAUAUAGUCAUAAAAAGUCAUGGAAGGAUCUUAGCCUGGCCAACAUCGUGCUAAACGAUAAAAGCCUGCGUGGUCUCUUGGGCCAAUCUUUUCCAGUUCCCUCCAAUGCAAACAAACAUUUAAAGCUAAUAGUUUGCAUAGUUUGCUUUGCAAGCAUUAUGUUGACCACCAUGUACGAGGCAUAUCUGCAAUCUUAUUUCACGAAUCCCCCAACUGAAGCCGGAAUUCAUUCCUUUCAGGAUAUUGGUAAAAAUCAAAAACAGAUUGCAAUCCCUUCAAUUGAGGUUUAUGGCCUGAUCUCGACUAAUAAUUCACACUUCCAAGAAAUUCAAAAAGAAAAUAUUAUAGAAUUUGACAAUAUGCCGGAGUGCUAUAAGCUGCGGGAUGACUUUAACCUCAGUUACAACUAUUUGGUAACCGGAGAUCGUUGGAGUGCCUACGCGGAGCAGCAGACCAUCUUCAAAGAGCCAGUCUUUUAUUUUGCCAGGGACUUGUGCUUCUCGAGACUUAUUUUUCUGUCCGUUCCCUUGCGUCCUUACUUGCCCUACCGCCACCUCUUUGAAGACCACAUGAUGCGGCAACAGGAGUUCGGCUUCGUGAGCUACUGGAGGAGCCACAGCUUCUUCGAAAUGGUGAGACUAGGACUCACUCCUCUCAAGGACCUCAGCCACCCGUUAGCGUACACUCCAAGCCUAUUAAUAGAAGACGUAUCGUGGAUACUAAAAAUUUACCUGGCUGCCAUGAUGAUCAGCGUUGUCUGCUUCUUGUUGGAAAUUGGAGUAAAUAGGUGGAAGUAUUGGAGGAAAUCCAGCAACUAG